GAGAAAGGGAAGAAGAGAGACGGAGAGGUGCACACGGACCGAAAGCACCUACAACGCCACUGGGUUUAUAAUGCAGAGCGUUCAAUAAAGGAUAUCCGCUGUGGUGAGCCGAAAUGUUCUGUUUCCCCGCAGAGGAGGGAUGUGACAAGGCAUCUGAACAGGACGGGAGAUGAGAUUCACACUGUUUCGGAGACUCUCUUCUUCCGGUGAUCUCAAACAGUCCGCCUGUGAGCCGCGGGGCUUGGUGGGGUGUACGGGACACCGGGCGCACGGCUCACAGCUCAACUGUGGAUUAGAGAAAAAUCGUUAUUUCUGUCUUAUUUAAACCUGCCGUGGGGGAGGGUGGUCUUCACCAUGAGGGCUGUUUCAGCAAACUUGUUCGCUCUUCUUUUCCUGUGCGCCCUUGCAAGUGUUUUCUACGUCUGGAGCGCGCUGGAGAAUCGUUUGGAGCGUCACAAACGCGGGUUCUCGGUACCGGGCGGAGGGUCUUUUCAUCAAGGUCUCCCAGCGGACCUCUCCGCCAAAACUUUCCGGGCAUUGCUCGCUGUCCCAGCGGCACAACGACCGCACUUGGGGGGCAGACUCGAGGCUCGCAACCUCACUGAUCAAACUGCCUCUGCAGGAAACCAAGAUUACCAUGUGAAUGGGGAUAACAAGAGGUCAGCGCUGCGGGAGGGCCCGGUCAAGUUAGGCUCCCCGGUGGAGGAUGGGAUAUUUUGGAGUGAAUGGCUGGAAGAUCUCCUCCCCGUGGGCUUCACGGAAGAAUAUUCUCGGUCUUGGCGAGAGAGUGCCAGGACAUAUCGGAUAGUGAAGCUGGAGCCUGGAUGCGGCAGGAUAUCUAACCAGCUCGCCACUUUUGGAGAUGGGACCAAAGCGUGUGUGCGUUACGGGAUAAACGCGGAUCAGGUGCAAGGGGAAACUUUGACGUAUUACCUUGCCAGUUUGUUAGGCAUCACGAACCUGCCUCCUCUCAUACUGUCCCAGCUGAGCAGUGACAGUGAACAAUGGGCGGCUGUGAGGACAAGAAUAGGUGGUUUACAGUGGAGCGAUCGAGCCGUGGUGUCUCUCACUGAGUGGGUCUCCAACCUGACCGGGGUGGUCACACCUGCGCCGCUCAGACAGGAGAGCAGCGGGCUGCAUCCUGUGCUCGGGGAGCUCCGGAACAAGACCACGGCGGAGCUGCUGGAGCUAAUGCAGUGGACCGACCUGAUCAUAUUCGACUACCUGACUGCAAACUUCGACAGACUCGUCAGCAAUCUGUUCAGCCUGCAGUGGGAUUCGCGCGUAAUGGAGAGGGAAACCAACAACCUCCUCAAAACACCCCGUGGUGACCUUGUGUUCAUAGACAACGAGGCCGGACUCGUGCACGGGUUUCGGGUGUUACACAUGUGGGAGAAAUACCACAAUACAGUAUUGAGCUCAGUGUGUGUAUUCAGAAAAAGGACCAUGCAGCGCGUGGCGGAGCUGCACAGGUGCAGAGACGCAAGGAAAAGGCUGCGGGAGAUCUACAGAGACAGCGAGCCUUUGUCCCUGGAAUUAGGAUUUAUCUCGGACGAGCACGCGGGUGUUCUCCAGGACAGGAUAGACAGAUUAUACAAACACAUUUUGCAUUGCAAAGGGAAGUACAGCCAGCUGUGAACAUUCAGCACGUACAGGUGAUGGAUUUGUUGUCUGCAAGGUAUAAUGAGCUCUGCAAAGGCGCGUGGGACACCUGUAUUAAACUGAUGCGCAUUACACAAAACUGUCUUGAAUAUCCAGUUGAACUACCUCUUGUGAAUAUAAUGUGUGGCCUACUUUAUAAAUAAGUGCAUUUGACACAAUGUUCCAUGGUGUGAAUUCCACUGUAUGCCUCACAGAGAGGAAUGAUUAAGGCCAAUCUAUCCUGUCUUACUUCUCCCCACUGAUGCUCACCCGAAUAGGAUUAAAUGUAAAGAGUAGGCUAUAUUUGUGACUAGGGUAUCAUAACGCAACCCUUCAUGUGUAUUUGGAUUAUUGCCUUGUGUUCAACAAUCCGAAUGACACACUCCGAAGCCUUAACAUAAGUUGACUCUUGAAUACUGUAUUUCUGUUGACACCUGGCUCGCUUUUUAUAGAACAUCGUUUGCACCGUACACUGUCAUAGCAGCACCUGCAGUCCUGUAUUUGUGUUUGGAUUUCAUAUGCAGCCUUAAAGUCACAUCAAACCCAUUGUACAUGAUGUAAGUAUGUUGUAAAUAUUGUCCGCCAACCUGUUUUGGAAAUGUGAUGCUCCACUAAUUUAACAUGCAUUGUAACAUUCCAAAAAUAUCUUGUCCUUUUUUAUAAAGACACUGUAAUUUAA